AUAAGACACAUGUUUCUAAAGGUUACUACAGUCUCCACAAUAGAUCCACAUUGUUACUCUUAACUUAUAUAUAUAUAUAAUAACUUACUCUACAGUAAGUUUGUGACGUGAAGAUACAGGGCUUAGGCUUUUAUUAAAAGUGCAGCGCCCCUGUGUCCUGAUGGUUUUGCGCUCAAGGUGGAGUUUUGCGGCACAUCACAUGUAAUUGCUGCCGCUGUAUGCGAACAGUGCUGAGGCUGUUGUCCUGAAAAGAGCAAGCUGUCAGAAGCUCCAAGAGGUUGAACCACAACGGAAGCGAGAGCGCUUUGCCUUUUCCGUACAAUAUCACCCCUACUUUCAGAGGAGAGGAGCAUGCGUUCAACGCGCAGGUGAAAAAUCUUCUAAUUUAAGUUCUACGCUGCUGCAACUUUUUAGGUCUAUACCUAUAUUGGGUCUAUAUUAGGGCAAUAUUUUUUUGUUGUAGUUGUUUGCUUUAGCUAUAGGGUUCAUAAAGAUAAGUUUUGAAAUCUUGAGAAAUGUCUCGCAAGAAGGCUGUCAAAAGCAAAGCCGCAACCAGCAGCCCGUCUGCGGGCAGCCCCGCCAGGAAAGGGACCGGGAAAGCCGCGAGGAGCAGCCCGUGCAUUGUCCAGAUGAACGGUGUAGUCCAUCCCAGCAGACCCUCCAUCAGCAGCAGCAGCGAGUUUUAUGACAUCGCUUUCAAGGUGAUGCUGGUUGGAGACUCCGGUGUGGGGAAAACAUGUCUACUGGUUCGUUUUAAAGAUGGAGCUUUCCUGGCUGGCAGCUUCAUCUCCACUGUGGGCAUCGACUUCAGGAAUAAAGUCCUGAACAUUGAUGGAGUCAAGGUGAAGCUCCAGAUCUGGGAUACAGCUGGACAGGAGCGGUUCCGUAGUGUUACUCAUGCCUACUACCGUGACGCCCAUGCUUUGCUUUUGCUGUAUGACGUCACCAACAAAACAUCCUUUGACAACAUACAGGCAUGGCUGACUGAGAUCCACGAGUACGCCCAACAGGACGUGGUGCUCAUGCUGCUUGGGAACAAGGCCGAUGCCACUCAUGAGAGGGUGGUGAAGAGAGAAGAUGGCGAGAGGCUUGCAAAGGAGUUCGGAGUUCCCUUCAUGGAGACCAGCGCCAGGUCAGGUCUCAAUGUAGAGCUGGCUUUCACUGCUGUGGCUAAGGAGCUUAAGCACCGGUCUAUGAAGGAUCCCAGUGAGAAGUUUAAGCUGCAGGAGUACGUAAACAAGGAGAUGAAGAGCACAAGCUGCUGCAGGUCCUAAAGCCUGCCCUAGUUAUUCUCUGGAUCUGCGUGUGGGUGUGUGUAUUUAUGUGUGUGUGGAUCACUUAUCUUCAGCAGGUAUACAUACCUGGCCCGAUCAGAGAUGAGGAGUCACCUCCAACGAGGUAUAAACCUUUCUGUCGUUCUGUUUCUCCACUCUCUCCACUGUCAAACCUCCCCGUCUCCGUCCACAGAACCUCCGUCUGUUGCCCCGCACUCAUCUAACUGCCCUCUUCCAUCUUGUAUGUCCUGCUUUUCCUUACCCACCUCCUUCUGCAGCUGUGAAUGUAGCCCCAGGUAAUGGCUUAAAAAAGGCAAAGAUAGGCGCUGCUCACCUAAGUUAUUAACCUAUUAAUGGACCAUUUUCUUCCGUGGUUGUAGCUGCAUGAUAAUAUAUUUUAACCCCAGCAUUGAAACGGAAACCUAGCAAAUACCUGUGCAUUACCAUGUGUGUUUAUUUUAUUGCGAAUUUAAUGACCCCAAAAUGUAUGCUCUUUUUUGCAGACACAAGAUACAUGUCUUUUAAAUUUAUUUCUCAGAGUCAUUUAAAAUGUCAGCAACAGUGGUCAUUUUGGUUGAAUGUUCUCUUUUUGGUCAGCGUGUGGAUGAACGUUCAUAUUAUAUUCAUAUUAUAGGUGUAUAGUGUCUUCUGUCCAUGGUUCAGUGUCCAUGUCUGUAAUUCAACAGGCUCUUUGCAGCCAGUUUAGCUCACCAGCAUAAACUCAAUCAAGGAUUUCCAUGAUUCAGCUGUGGGUAUUUGGGAAUGUGUUUUACUUCUUCUACAAGUAAACGCAUGUUGCUAUUUUGUAUACAAGGAGAUUAAGGACAGAAUAGCAUCAUUAGCCACAAUAAAUUAUUCUUUUAGUAGAUUUGAAUUCAUGCUGGAUGCAGAAAUGAAGUAUACAGUAGUUUAAAACAAACCUCCAGAAACAUGGCAGUGCAUGGGUCACAGAACCUAAAGCAUUUGGGUUUGUUGUUAUUUUUCGAUAUUAGAGGAUCAAUGCUGAGUCUUGGAGAACUUGAAUUGCAACUUCUGUUCUUUAUAAUAUUCAAUUCUUUUGUUUUUAAAUUGCUAUUUAAAAACAGAUGGCCAAACAUGCUGUUUGUAAUCUAUAUACACUGAGAUUUUGACAAACAUAAUGUAAAUACUUUUUUCUGCAUGUAAAAAACUGUUUUGAUCAAGGAGAAUAGCAUUUUAGAUGGUAAAUAAGAGCGUGGAGGAAUAAAGACAUACAGUAUGUUGACAAUGUUACCUAGAGUAUUGUAUGUGACACACAGAUGAGUAUCUUUUUUAAUCUUUAAUGUUUUAUUUGUAGUCAAAUGUGCAAACAGUAGUAGUCUGCUUUAUUACCUGCUUUUUGUUUUGCUUUUAUUUUCCAUUCAUGAAUAUAUAAAUGGGGUAAAUGUAGUGCCAUGUUUUCCUAACCAGUACAUUUCUCAUCUGCUAUUUAACCUGUUCUUCAUAAAAGAUAGGCCUCUUUUUAUAUGACUGUUGCUUUGGUAGAUUUCAUCUUAGUCAUUGAAACCAUAGAAACAGAAUAUCUUGUGCAGUAUUUACUGUGCAUUUUUCCAAUCUUGAUGUUCAGAGUAAUGUAUUGAUUUUUUGGUUUUACUACUUUUCAAUGUGCAACUUCUUUCUUGUAACUGAAAAUUAACUACAAUAAAAAACAGAAGGUAAUGUGGCCUUU